UCAAAAAAGCGAUUCUUGUUGUCAUGGAUACCGUGCUAUACCGCACGAAUUCGAAUCUCCAACCUCAUUCUUCCUCGCAGGCCACCGAGAAAGGCGCCACCCCCACGGAGUAUGGCCUCAUCUUCUCGUCCUUCUACUUAACCAUCUUCCUCAUCGCACCCGUCUACGGAAAACUGAUAGCCUGGGUGAGACCGAACAUAAUGCUGAACGGAGGGUUCAGCCUUACCUGCCUCUGCGUCGUACUCUUCGGGUUCAUCAACCAUGCCCCAGCCGGCAAGACGUUCGUGGGGCUGGCGUUCCUCAUCCGCAUCCUCGAGGGACUGGGCGCGGCCGCCUACAUCACGGCCAGCGCCACCAUCAUCAUGUCCGAGUUCCCGGGCCGCAUUGGCACCGUCCUGUCGUCCUUGAAGACCGCCUUCAGCGUGGGCGUCAUCAUCGGGCCUACCAUCGGUGGCUUCCUUUACGACAUUGGCGGUUACACGACACCCUUCGUCGUCUGCGGCAGCAUCGGGUUCGUCUGCAAUUUGGUCACGUACCUCGUCAUCCCCAAUAUAGAGGACAAGCACGACAGCAGCCCGUCGGAUCUGCGCAAGUUCUGGAGUGGUCCCUUGAUCUACAUGUACGCGGUGGCCAUCUUCGGAAGCUACGUCUGCGUCGGCUUCAACCAGGCGACGCUUGAACCUCAUCUGAGACGCUUCAACCUGUCCACCACGAUCCUGGGGCUGGUCUUUAUGAUCCCCGGCAUCUGCAAUGGUUUGAUGACUCCCGUCUGGGGCUGGUUGUGCGAUAAGAAGGUGAACACUAAGCUGCUGACAGCUAUCGCCGCCUACUUCACCCUGCUGUACCUGUUGUUGGUCGGCCCGGUGCCCUUUUUUCCGUUCGGCACGAAGCUGUGGUUGGUCCUGCUGUCCAUGGCCUUCUUUGGCGUCGGAAUCGGCGGGGCGUACAUCUGUGCAUUCAUGGCGACACUGGAGUAUACGCUGAGCCGGGGUUUCGAACCCAACAUCUCCACCAACGGCCUGGUUUCUUCCAUGUUCACCCUGUGCCAAUCUAUCGGGUCCUUCACGGGUCCCGCUCUCGGAGGCGUCCUGCUCGAGUACAUUGGCUACGGCUGGGGCACCGUGGUACUGUUCAGCUUUGAGGCCAUCGUGGCCGUUUUGGUGACCACCGUCUACCUUCGCGAAGUGUGCUGCAGUGGCUCCCCCAUCGGCCGGUCCAUUCCGCACCAGCGACUGUUGGACGGCGAUACAGUGACGAACUCGGCCAGCUGCGAGUUUAUCACAGUUUCGGGCCAAGUGCAACGGCAGCAGCAACGCCAGUACGGCGCCUGCAACGGAGCCGGCCCGUCUUAAGGCUUGACUGUGUACACCGCGGUACCCCGUUAGGGGUCAGUGCUUUUGUUGUCAAGGGACGCCCAUGCUGCCCUGAUCUUAAGCCCGCGCCAUGCUGGUGGCCUGAUUUGCAUGUUAUAGAAGCUCUAGAUUUCCAAACAUAUGGCUCCGCAGCUCUUGGAUCCGUCUAGCGAAUCAAGACUUGGAGAAGCAGACGAACCAUGUAUAAUUUAGUAAAAAUAGCUUAGGCCUAAUUGCGGAUUACACUCCUCAUAAUGAUAAUACCCAUCAACCGUCUGAAUGCAAUCCUGUCAAACAGUCAUUAUCGUCAGAUACGUUUCGGUAGUUCGACCUUGUCUGUCCGUUGUUUUGCCGUUAGGAAAAGAAAUGGACGCACAUAAGCCUAAUUACGGGAUUGCGCUCGUCCUAAUUAUAAACCCGCCAGGGUGCAUUCCUGUCGAACAAUGAUUAUCGUCCAAUCAGUCUCGGUAUUUCGACAUACCCGUCGAACAUUGGACGAUGGUUAUCGUUUUGGGAUGCAAUUACACCCUUAGAGGUGUGGUGUUUGUUUCUAAAUGCUCUUUGUUGAAUAAUUACAAUUCUAACGUACUUUUACACCGUAAUGAGUAUAAAUAGUGCAUUACACUCGUAUGAGUGUGGAAGCCAACUAGAAGUAGUGCUCGUCAUAAAUAUCCCAGGCAAUUAGUUCUAGUAAAGCUAAGUUCAACACUAUGCUUGAUCAACAGCGCACAGGCAAGCGGUUACAGAAAGAUAAACUUUGCAUAUCUCUAAGGUUCAUAGUGGUGGUGAGAAUACGAACUGGUGAUGUUUGCGUUUCAAGGACGCGAUUAUACUACCGUAUUGCAAUGUUUUACACAUCUCAAGGUGUGCUUUCGUCAUACUACAUUAAUCACCAUUUCCAUUGUGCUUUGCCCUUCUUCGCCUGGGCUUUCCAUGUCUGAAAAACACUACCAAACACUUGGACGCCUACAGCCCUGCUAAAGGAAAGGACUGUCGAGUGUGUUCUCUAAACAUUGUUACCGUUGUAACACUUAUGUUUCACCAUUUGAAAUAUAACCAUCUUUCGCGAGUAACUCCUUUGGGAGCGCAACAAGGUCUACUCGGUGCACAACGUUUAGGAAAGCAAAUGCACACAAGAAUUGCGGUUAUCGUUGUGGAGCGAGACGUAAUCACACCUAAAGAGCCUAUAUUGCGCUCCGAAAAGCGUGCACCUUAAUUUACACCUUAAUAUGCACCUAAAUUACACUUCAAUGUGUGCAAUAUUGUCAGAAAUCCGCAGCGCGCAGUUGCCGUUACUUGCGGCCUUCUUUUCAGUGUUGCUGUGUAGCGGACUCGUCUGGUGCGUAUGUGUACAGAUGGCGCUGGUGUCGGCAACGUAAGCCUGAAAGGAUACAGCUGCGAUUGCAAUGGUGCUUACUCGUAUAUAGUUGAAAUACGCCCUUUUAGGUGUUUCUGCCUCGAUACUGGAUGGCAGGAAUGAACUCUCACUGGAGUAUUUAUUAUUCAGUUAGGGCAGACGAGGGAAAGGGUAGCGGUGAUAAUAGUUUUUUUUUUUUAUAUAUAAGAGAGAGAGUCGACUUCGUCGAACCCUGCACGAUCAUGGCCAACUGAGAUAGCCAGAAGAGGCAUACGCCUCCUUUUUUUUUUUAAUCUUAAAUUUGCGAUGGAUUUUAACGAAACUAGUCCACUUUUAGUACGUGCGAGUCUUGAGAACUUCCUGUGCAAGUUUUCUGUAUACUUGCGGCGUUUGUAGCUACCCAAACGUGGCUUCGUAUCGCCGACGUUACGAAUUACUUGCUGUUGAAUAAAAUAUUUCCGAGG